AUGCGCUGGGCCCUCGGGGGGCUGCGCUGCGGGGAUGCCGCCGGCUGUGAGGGGCCGGGCUCUGGGGCAAUGGGGGGCAGAAACCCGCGGGCUCUGGGGCUGGGCAAGGGCAGCGCUGGGACCCCCAGGCCGGGCAAAGAGAUCCGUGGGGCUGCGGGCACCAUGGGGCUGGGAUCGGGGUCACCGGGACCGAGCGGCUCCCGGGGCGCGGCGGAGGGGCGCCAUGGCGGCGGGGUGAGGGCCGGCUCCAGCCCUGUGGAUGCGGCCCGGUCCCUCCUGCCCCUGCUCCCGUCCUUACCCGUGCCUCUGCCCGCAGGCUGGCUGCCCGCCCUGCAGCUCGUCCGCCGCGGCUCCAAGGCGGUCACCCGCCACUGGAAGGCCAUGCACUUCCAGCGCCAGAAGCUCAUGGCCGUGACCGAGUACGUGGCCCCCCGGCCGGCCGUGCCGCCGCGCUGCCUGCCCCGCAAGGAGGAAGCCGAAGUGGUGGAGGAGGACGACGGUUACGUGCGGCUGCUGCGGCGGCAGGUGGAGGAGGCGUUCCGGGAUAACCGGAUGAUCGCCGUGUGCCAGUACAACGCCAUGCCCGGGGAGGACAUGGUGCUGCUGAGGCACUACCUCCGCAAGCACAACAUCGAGGUCAAGUUCUUCCUCAACGAGAUCGUCAGGCCCGUGCUGUCGCAGUCCAAGUACAGGAACCUCCUCCCUCUCUUCGUGGCCCGCAACAUCCUGCUGGUGAGCCGGGAAGCGAAGGCCAAGGAGAUGCUGCGGGUGCUGAAGGGAGUGCCGCAGAUCAACCUCCUGGGCGCCUGCAUCGACGACACCAUCCUGAGCAGGCAGGGAGUGGAGAACUUUGCCAAGCUGCCCUCUCUGGAGGUUGCCCAGGGGCAGGCAGUGGGUGCCCUGUCCCUCCUGCCCUCCCAGACGUCCUCCCUGCUCCAGCGCAGCUCCGCACACCUCACUGCUCUGCUGGACCAGCACAUCCGCAGGCUGCAGGAGGCCGAGGGGGGGACCCCAGCGCAGCCCACCCCAGAGCCCACAGGGGCUCAUUGAUGCUGGGACCUGGCCCUGCCCCGUGUGUUUGGCCCCUUCACUGGGUGGGGGGGCCAGGGGUUAAAGGUUUGGCACUGGGGAGGAAGCCAGCGGUGGGACCGAGGGUCUGGCAGCGCCACCCUGGAGCCCUUCCCUUUGCUCCCUGCACCCAUGGCUGUGGGGAACAGCCCUGCCGUGUUUUGGGUGCUGCAGGCAGAGGGGUGCUGGGGUCACCCAGUGGAAGCUGCGUGUGGCGGGGGAGGAA